AUGGAGCUUUGCUGGUCUCUACAAAGCCGCGGACUUUUGAAGACUGAUGACUCUGACUGGCUCGUGGUUCCGGAGGAGGAUGACCUGCGGACGGCGAAAAACCUCGGAUGGGAAAACCCCUCGACCUGGGAUAAAGUCUCGUCAGGUCUGAUUUUUCAUUCUUGCUGGUGGAAUAAUCCUCUAAGGAGGAAUGAACAGUCGGCAUAG